AUGUCUAUUCAUCGUACAUCUAUCGAUUCAUCAAUAUCAAUGGCUACUACGAAUGAAUUAUCAAAUGGAAAUAAAAUACAAACAUCAGAUGUGAAUUUAUCUAUGGAAUAUGAAACACCAGCUAUGGAUAGUUUGCCAAUGGAUGAUGAUGAUGAUGAUGAUGACGAUGAAGAAUAUGAAAGUGAUGGGGAAGAACAAGAAAUAGCAUAUAAUCCUGCUUGUCAUAUAUGUGGUCUUUCAUCAUAUACAUAUCAAUGUCAAGGCAAAUGUCGAUAUUAUUUUCAUCGUGAAUGUGCUGGUAUUUUUGAUGAACAACAAACUUUAAUUUGUUCCGAAUGUUCAGCAAAUCGUUUAAUAUGUAGUUUAUGUCAACAAUUAAUUAUUGAUAAUGAAUUAAAAUGUGGAUUUAAUCAAUGUAAUCGAAUAUAUCAUUCAUCAUGUUUAAUGAAUUCGAAUUUAACUACAACUUUACCAUCGGGUGUAUAUUAUUGUCCUCUUCAUGUUUGUGCAACUUGUCAUUUACAUAAACGACCUAACGAUAAUAUAGGUCAUCUGUUUACAUGUUUGUAUUGCCCAACAGCUUAUCAUGGUCAUGAACGUUGUCUACCAGCUGGUUCUCUAUCCAUAUCAUAUUCAUCAUCACUUUGUUGUCCAGUUCAUCUUCCAAUUGAACGAAAACCAGUACGUCCAGGUGUUGCUCCAUAUUGUUACAUAUGUGAGCAAUCAACUCGAACAACUGAAUGUUUUGUUUGUAUUGAAUGUCCAACAACAAUUCAUCAAUCAUGUUUACCAACUAAAAAUGAUGAAAAAUCAACAAAUUGGAAAUGUGAUUCUUGUUUAAGUAAUUUAAAACCGUUAUAUGGUGAUAUAUGUUGGAUCAAAAUGGGAAAAUUUCGAUGUUGGCCAAGUCGAAUAUUACAUGAACGUCAUGCACCAGAUAAUUUACUUGCACAAGAACGUACAGUUGGAGAAUUUCUUGUACAUUUUUUUGGUUCAAAAGAAUUUUUUUGGGCUAAUAAACAUCAUUAUUUAGCAUUUGAAAAUCGUUGUAUUAAAUCAAAAGAUUCACGUGAUUUUUAUAAUGCUGAACAAAGUUUUAAAGAUGGUCUUCGCGAAGCUAAACGUCUUUAUAAUCGUUUAAAACAAUUUUAUGCAACAAAUUCAGUUGAAAAUUAUGGUGAAGCAACUAAACUUGAAGAAAUGACGUUAGAUGAUGCAUAUGAUGAAUUUGAAGAUGAUGAUGAUGAUGAUGAAAGCGAUGAUGAAUCUGUAGAUAUGAAUUCUGAUGAAUCAAUUACAAAUGAUCAUGAAAAAAUUUCAACAAUUAAUGGACGUUCAAAAUUAAUUGAUAAAAGUGCUAAUAAAAGUGGACAAAUGCCUGCUUAUAGACAUAUUAAAACAUUAAAACCAGUAGGUGAAGCUCAAAUUCUUCGUUUACCAUUAGCAGAAUUAUCUCGUUGUGAUUGUGAUCCAAAUAAACCAGAUCCAUGUAGUUCCGAUGAACAUUGUCUUAAUCGAAUGCUUAAAUAUGAAUGUCAUCCACAUGUUUGUGCUGCCGGUGACAAAUGUAAAAAUCAGCGCUUUCAAAAACGUAAUUAUCCUGCUCAACAAGUGUUUUGGACAGCUGGUCGCGGUUGGGGUUUGAGAACAUUAGUAAAAAUAAAAGAAGGCGAAUUUGUCAAUGAAUAUGUUGGUGAACUAAUAACAUAUGAAGAAACUGAACGACGUGUUAAAUUAGCUCGUAAAAAUAAUGUCAAAGAUUUUUAUUUCCUUGUUCUUGAUAAAGAUCGUGUAAUUGAUGCUGGACCACGUGGAAAUUUAUCACGUUUCGCAAAUCAUAGUUGUGAUCCAAAUUUACGUACAGAAAAAUGGAAUAUUAGCGGUGAUCUACGUGUUGGUUUAUUUGCUAUACGUGAUAUUGAAGCCGGCGAAGAAUUAACGUUUGAAUAUGGUGUUGAAUCAGAAUUUCGUGGUGAUACAAUAUUUCAUUGCCUUUGUGGAGCUGAGACAUGUACUGGUUUUAUGGGUCGAUCAAAAAGACUUGGCGGAGUUCCAUCAUUAACUGAUACAACAUUAUCGUUAACAUCUGGUUCAAAUGGAGUUUCAAAUGGUCGUCAUAGUAAUAAACAUCGUAUACGUACAUCAAAUAUAACUGGUGAACAAGAUGCUGAUACAUGUUUUGGUUGUGGUCUAACAGGUCAAUUAAUAGCAUGCCAAAUGUCGAAAUGUUCAAGAAAAUUUCAUCCAAAAUGUAUUAAAGUUAAAGGACAAUCAUUUCGACAUCGUUCUCCAACUCAACGUUGGAUAUGUCCAUCACAUCGUUGUGAUAUAUGUGGUAUUGAUGCAAGUAUAGCAUGUGCUGAUUGUUUAAGUUCAUUUUGUGCUGAACAUCGGACAGAAAAUAUGCGUGGCAUAUAUUGUUUACUUCAUGGACAUGAAUAA